GCGCCCCGCCCGCCUCAGCCUCCAGGAGGCGGGCACAGCAGCUGGGAGGCGGCCCGCGGCCAGCCAAUGGCUAGGGGACGAGCUGAGAGGCGAAAGUGGUCCUUCACUCCGGGCCAACGUCGUGGUGCUGGCCCCGCCCCUUUGCCCCCAGUCGUCUGGAGCCAGGCGGGUAAAGCAGCCGCCAAGUGGACCGAGAGGACGCCGAACCGGGUCUGCCACAAUGCUGCUGCACAGGGCUGUGAUCCCAUGUCUCCGACAGGCCUGCAGGCUCCAAUCAGUCCCCUCAAGGCUCUGCAUUCGGGCCUGCUCUACAAAUGAUUCACUUCAGCCCCAGUGCCCCAGCCUUGCCUUCUCUGGUGCUAACUCCAGCACUAGGGGAUGGAGAGUCAUGGGGACUCUGCUAGGUCUCGGUGCAGUGUUGGCCUAUCAUGACCACCGGUGCAGGGCUGCUGAGAAGUCACCACACAUAUAUACCAGAGAGGAAGUGAAAUCUCACAGCAGCCUUGAGACUAGGAUCUGGGUAACUCUGGGCUGUGAGGUAUUUGAUGUUACAGAAUUUGUGGAUCUACACCCAGGGGGACCAUCAAAGCUGAUGCUAGCAGCAGGUGGUCCUUUAGAGCCUUUCUGGGCCCUCUACGCUGUUCAUGACCAGGCCCAUGUGCGUGAGAUACUGGCUCAGUAUAAAGUUGGGGAGCUGAGUUCUGAAGACAAAGCACCCUCCACCUUGAAGACCUCUGACCCUUACGCUGAUGAUCCUGUACGUCACCCAGCCCUGAAGGUCAAUAGCCAACGCCCCUUUAAUGCAGAGCCCCCCCCUGAACUGCUGACAGAAAACUAUAUCACACCUAACCCUAUCUUCUUCACCCGGAACCAUCUGCCUGUACCUAACCUGGAACCAGAAACCUAUCGCCUGCAUGUAGUAGGGCCACCUGGGUGUCAGUCACUGUCCCUAUCCCUGGAUGACUUGUACCAGUUCCCCAAGCACGAGGUCACUGUCACUCUUCAGUGCGCUGGAAACCGACGCUCUGAGAUGACUCAGUUCAAAGAAGUAAAAGGUCUGGAGUGGAAUGCAGGGGCCAUUAGCACUGCACGCUGGGCUGGGGCACGCCUCUGUGAUGUGUUAGCCAAGGCUGGUCACCAACUCCGUGAAACUGAGGCCCACGUCUGCUUUGAGGGACUGGACUCAGACCCCACAGGGACUGCGUACGGAGCAUCCAUCCCUCUGGCUCGGGCCAUGGACCCUGAAGCUGAGGUCCUGCUGGCAUAUGAGAUGAAUGGGCAGCCCCUGCCUCGUGACCAUGGCUUCCCUGUACGGGUGGUGGUUCCUGGUGUGGUGGGUGCCCGCCAUGUCAAAUGGCUGGGCAAAGUGAGCGUGGAACCAGAGGAAAGUUACAGUCACUGGCAGCGACGGGAUUACAAAGGCUUCUCUCCGUCUGUGGACUGGGACACAGUAGAUUUUGACUCCGCUCCAUCUAUUCAGGAACUUCCUGUCCAGUCAGCCAUCACAGAGCCCAAGGAUGGGGAGACCGUACAAUCAGGGGAGGUGACUAUCAAGGGCUAUGCAUGGAGUGGUGGUGGGAGGGCUAUAGUCAGGGUGGAUGUGUCUCUGGAUGGGGGCCUAACCUGGCAAGUGGCUGAGCUGAAUGGAGAGGAACAGCGUCCCCGGAAGGCCUGGGCCUGGAGGUUAUGGCAGCUACAAGCGCCUGUGCCAGCUGGGAAAAAGGAAUUGAACAUUGUUUGUAAGGCUGUAGAUGAUAGCUACAAUGUGCAGCCAGACUCGGUGGCCCCAAUCUGGAACCUGCGAGGUGUGCUCAGCAAUGCCUGGCACCGUGUCCACGUCCGUGUCACCCCGUGAAAAGGUGAAGUGGAAUUACCUACUCCCAGAAUCAUUUUCUCAACCCCUUCCAUAACCAUCCUUUUCCCUCAUUACCACAGAAAAACCUUUCCUUUCAUCAUCACUUCUUGGAUCACAACCUUGUCCUAUGCCUUCCUAAACCACACAUAGAUACAUGCAUUGCACAUUUCCAAGCAGGCAUCAGCUCUCCUUUGACACUAUGUUACAUAACUCCUAUUGUGCCCCUUGUUGAGAGCUGUUGGGGCUAGAAGGGGGGGAAAUUCUGUAAACAAGCACUCUUCCUACCCAACCUCCAUUGCUAAUGUAUACCACCACUUUAUUCUACUCCUCUUCUUGGGAGUUUUCAGAGAAUGUGGAUACAUGUAAGAAAAGUGUAUAUUCAACUUUCUACUUUCUACUUUCCACUUUCUGGGUUGCCAGGGAGGCAAUCCUGGUGAAAUCCUACCCCUUUAUAGUUCCACUUUUCUAAAUACAUCAAUAAAGUGUUUUAAGUCUACAACUGAA